AUGCGUUACAUUGCCCUUCUCUUCGUACUCUUUGCUUUUAUUUAUCUGACUCAAUCGAAUGUUUUAAAACACAGCGAUGAUGAUAAAUGCCAAUAUAAUAAUCUUGGAAUACAUUGUGAUAUAGCUUGUACAAAUUCGAUGAUACAACAGCUUUGUUCAACUGGUUCGAAGUGUUGUACAAGUCACCAUGAUUGCGGAAGACAUCAAAGAUGCUGUCCACCAUCAUCGUGCACAUGUGUCAAACGUUGCGAAAACGAAACUCGCCAUGAUUAA